AUGGUGGUCUUUGACAGUCAGACAACACAACACUGCGAGGUGGACAAUGCCAAUGUUUUAAGUACCUUGACUCUUAGGGUUGGAUAUUACAACAAUGAUGGACUCAAUCUUGGAUGGCCAGCUUCUCUUGUGGAGGGAACAAAUCUCAUUUCAUUUGUGCCUGAUCGUGGAGCUAUUUCAGAGAAUAUGAGUCUUGUCAUUGUGAACACUGUUCAGGGAAAGGGUUCUAUUCCAGUAUCGAACAACUUCACCAUGAGUUUUGUAUACCCUUCCACGACAUUAGCAUCAUUUAAUUCUAACAGUGCCUAUUAUGGGUUGAAGACAAUGGUGCAGACAAACUUCCCAAAUAUCAAUCCCAUUCAGAACUACCUGCUGGUUCCUCCUCAGUCAGACUGUUAUGUCAUGGCAAAAAAAAUGUACUGUUGCUACUGGAUGCCACAAUUUGACGACUUCUGCAUCCCUUCCUAUUCCUGGGAACUAUUCACUCUGCUUAACCGCGAGUGGAUGGCGAGGCUACUACUUGCCGUGGGGUGUAUUUCCCCUCGAAGUGAGGGUGCUGGUGCCAAACGAGCUGUAUAUGAACACUCUCGGGAAAAACACACUGUUGCUCCAGGACGCAGUGACGGGUGCGAAUGUGACUGA